AUGAAGUUCCUUUCCCUUGUCGCCGCUACCCUCGCCUUGGUUGCUACCACAGUCUCCGCUGACCCCAGCGUCGAGGCUCUCAACCUCCCUGCCAUGUCCAAGCACCCCCUCUCCAUGCAACGACGCGACGCCAUCCUCAACCGUCGUCACUCGAACAGCCAACCUCGUGUCACCAAGCGCCACUUCAGGGGCUCCAAGCGCUCUUGCAAGGCCAAGACCCACCAUGCUGCUUCGGGCUCCGGUGCAAAGGCUGUCUCCUCCUCCAAGCAGAACGCUCAGUCCGGCUCCAACUCUGACUCCAACUCGCAGUCCCAGUCCCAGUCCGAGGCUUCUAGCCAGUCCAAGUCCAACUCGAACUCGAACUCACAGGCGUCGUCUUCUGGUAAGAGCGACUCCAAGUCCGGCUCGUCUUCUUCUUCAUCUUCUGCCUCGUCCUCCUCCUCUUCCUCGUCGUCUGCAUCUGGCGCCGGUCUCUUUGGCUUCAACUCUGGCAACUGCGGUGCCAGUGGUGCCAACGACAACCAGCCCAACGGUUCCCAGAACUUCCUCAACUGCGGUCUCACUUCGGGUGGAUGGAACCCUCCCAAGCUCUCGCUCGACCAGCUCAAGAUCCUCUCCGCCACCCAAGCCGCCGACUCGCCCGUCUUUGCUCCCUGCAAGGACAACCUCUGGGCUUUCCAAGCCGCCGAAAAGGCGCACGGCGUGCCCGCCACCGUCCUCAUGUCCUUUGCCAUGCAAGAGUCCACCUGCAACCCCAGCGUCACUGGUGGCAAUGGCGAGCAAGGCCUCAUGCAGAUCACCCCGGACAAGUGCGGCGGUGCCCCCAACGGAAACUGCAAGGACCCCUGGUUCAACGUUGACACGGGCGCAAAGUACUUCAAGACCACCUUGGACCAGUGCGGAGGCAACCUUCUUCAGGCUAUUGGCCAGUACAACGGUUGGUCCGUCGGCCUGACCGUGCAGAAGGCCACCGCUGCCAAGUCUCAGGGCAACUGCUACGCGCAGAACAACCUCGACUACCUCUACCAGAUGCUCAAUGGUUGGUUCCUCGGCAAGGCCAACACCUACGACAUGGGUACCUACAAGAACCUUGCUAGCUGCUAG